AUGGCGACUUUACCGGUGACGCUUCCGGUCAACCCUGAGUUUGGCUCAAGAGAGCGAAUUGGGGACCAUCUCGCGAUCAUGCGAAAGUUCAAACGCAUUUUAGAGGAUGCGGAGCGCCCCGGUAGGCACGCGCAUAGAUUCCCGCCCCCUCCACCCGGCGUUUCAGGUCAGGAACAAGAGGGUAAAUGGAGAGUACAAUGCCUGCUUAUGAGCGCUGAGGUCCGGUACUCGAGGGACGUGGCCAUCAUAUUCUAUGCCCAUCUCCUCUCACCAUUCAAAUUCCAGAGCGACAUCGUGUCAAGUUUCUGGAUGCUUUGGUGGAAAGCAGAGAUCGAAUUUCCUCUUGCAAGAAUGUGCGCAAUCAACACAGAUAAUGCAAGUAAGCUUGCAUGGAUGUACCAAUAUCCCAAUAUCCCUUAUCAGACUGUCGAGUUCACUCCUACUGGAGACCACGCAUACAUCACUGCUGAGAAUGUUAUGGACAUUCACGGCUAUAGGUGCGGCUCGAAGCACUGCAAGAAGAAGGCAUAUGUCAUCCCAAUGACUGAAUGGUCCAAAUACCGGGUUGGCCGAGCCAAGCUCACCUGUCCGGGUUGUAAGACGACGUUCACUAACAGAGAGACCAAGCCUGAAACCCUGCAUGAAUUCUCCCGUGCUAUGUUCGGAUUCCCCGUUUUCAACCUAUGGGACAGUCCUCAACGACAGUUUGGCAAGCAAGGUCUUGUGGACCGAAUUUUGGCCUUGACCCAGGUUCAAAGCCUGAUUCCGGUUCAAGGCCUAAUUCCGGACCAUACCUCCCGCUAUAUUAAGUUCCUGCAGCUCAUAAAAGAGAGCAAAUGCACCCUUGUCCCGACGCUUGACAUCGAUCUCCUCUGGCACACUCACCAGCUCUCACCAGUCGCGUACGACAAGUACUGUAAGACGCAAGUGGGGCGACAGGUUGACCACGUCGAUACCAUCCGCACGGCGAAGCGCUCCACGGGGGAGGAUGACACGGCGCGCCUCUGGGCGGUGCGGUACGGCGAGUUCUACUUUGACCCGGAAAAUACAGCCAAGAAUAUCGAGAUCAAACAACGUAAAGGCAGGUGUAAGCAGAAGCGGGAGGCCAUGGAAGCCAAACUGGCCGCGUACGACUACAACCACCAAUAUAUAAAGAAAGCGCUCGACGAGGCAAGCGACCGUCUCGCAACCAAGCACGCUAGCAUACGCGACACACAUACGGCAGUGAGCGCGCUCAACGCGGCGGUAGCGAACGUAGAGACAGCGAAAGAGUCUGUCAAGCCGACACUGCGGCUACUCGAACUGCGUUACUACCGCCGGUCACGAAGGCAGCAGCUGCGAGAGCUAGAAGAUAAACGCCGGUCGCUGGUGGAGGAGUAUAUACACAAGCGGUGCGAGGUAGAGGCUCUCGAAUAUGAGGUGGCGCGGGAGCAGAAGCCGGACUACAAGGAAUGGGAGGAGGCAAAGAAGGCGAGGCGGCUCCUGGAGCAGCGGCUCGCGGCCGAGGUGACCUUGGCGACAGAGGCGAUCUGGCAGCAGCAGCAGCAGUACCAGGAGGACCGACACGGCGGACGGCAGGAGGGCGUACCUACAGACGUGGGCGGAUACCUAUAA